AUGCGCUCGAUGACCCUUUCUCCAAUGCCAUCGAACGCAUCUUCGCGAUUCUACAAGCUCUGCGCCCAGAUCCUCCGACCCUCUUUCCGCCGACAUCAAUCUUCCUACAGACGAACAAGAUCCAGGCUCAAUAUCAAGCCAGAUCCGGACUUCCUACCCUCCAAGACAGAGCUGCACGACCACAUCAUCUACAACCCUCCCCCAAGCAUGCCAAAUGUCUACCAUACGCCCAACAUCUUCCUGCCCAAGAAUGACCGCAGAAAAGUGCUUCCAGAUCCUGAAACCCAGCAAAUACAUUUACAAUCAGCUCAGCAGCUGCCAGCCAUCCCGGGGCAAACGGAGAAACGAUACCACCUCUCGGAGAAGGACCUGGAAGAGAUGAGGGAAUUGAGGCGGACAGAUCCCACGCAAUGGAGCGUCAGUCGGCUAUCUAAAAAGUUUGAUUGUUCACCGGUCUUCACACACCUGGUCGUCGAAGGGUUAGCUCCAGAAAAGGGCAAAGAGCAGAAAAUGGUGACGGAUAUUGUCAAGUCGAACUGGGGCAAGAAAAGAAGAGAGGCACGCGAGGAUCGACAGAUCAGAAAGGAACGCUGGUAUAGAGAUGCCUAA